AUGUCUCCCGGCGUCGGGUCCGUGUUCGCCGCCGUCCCGCAGGCCGCGCCAGUCGCCGUCUUCCAGCUCACGGCGGAUUUCCGCGCCGAUGUCGACCCUCGCAAGGUCAACCUGGGAGUGGGAGCUUAUCGCACAGAGGAAGGGCAGCCUUGGGUCUUGCCAGUGGUCCGGAAAGUGGAGCAGAUGGUUGCCAGAGAUACCAGUUUAAAUCACGAGUAUCUUCCAAUCCUGGGCUUGCCGGAGUUUCGUGCCAAUUCCUCACGAAUUGCCUUAGGAGAGGACAGUCCAGCCAUCCAGGAGAACAGGGUGGGGGGUGUCCAGACCUUAGGAGGCACAGGGGCCCUGCGUAUUGGAGCAGAAUUCCUGAGACGCUGGUACAAUGGAACCAACAACACAGCAACCCCUGUCUACAUUUCUUCCCCUUCUUGGGAGAACCAUAACUCUGUCUUCACGGAUGCUGGCUUCAAGGACAUCCGAACCUAUCGUUAUUGGGAUGGUGCCAAUAGGGGUCUGGACAUCCAGGGAUUCCUGGAAGACUUGGAGAGAGCUCCAGAGUUCUCCAUUUUCAUCCUCCAUGCCUGUGCUCAUAAUCCCACCGGCACAGACCCCACCCAGGAGCAGUGGAAGCAGAUUGCUGCUGUUAUGAAGCGCCGGUUCCUGUUCCCGUUCUUCGACUCUGCCUAUCAAGGUUUUGCCUCUGGUUGCCUGGAUAGGGACGCCUGGGCUGUGCGCUAUUUUGUUUCCGAGGGCUUCGAACUUUUCUGUGCACAAUCCUUCUCCAAAAACUUUGGGCUUUACAACGAACGGGUAGGAAACCUGUCCGUUGUGGCAAAGGAUGCAGAUAAUGUGCAUCGUACCCUGUCCCAGUUGGAGAAGAUCGUCCGUACGACAUGGUCUAACCCUCCGGCGCAGGGUGCCCGCAUUGUGGCUACUACGCUUACUUCACCAGAGCUGUUUGCUGAAUGGAAAGCAAAUGUGAAGACAAUGGCAGAUCGGGUCUUGCUGAUGCGAGCUGAACUUAGGUCUCGGCUUGAGGCUCUGCGCACUCCGGGCACUUGGAACCACAUCACAGAGCAGAUUGGCAUGUUCAGCUUUACUGGGCUCAACUCUAAGCAAGUUCUGUAUCUGAUCAAGGAGAAGCACAUCUACCUAAUGGCCAGUGGCCGCAUCAACAUGUGUGGCUUGAACACCAAGAACUUGGACUAUGUUGCUAACUCCAUCCACGAAGCAGUCACAAAUAUCCAGUAAGGCGCAGCCAGAUGUUACGUGCCUGUGUGUGUAAUUU